GAGUUCACAACAGCAAAUUAUGUGAGUAAAAUAAGUCUAAUAUUGGACAAUUCAAUGGUUAGAAUUGUUUUUCGAAAAAAGACUGCAAAAAUUGUGUUUGAAAAGCAACCGUUGCAACGAAAGUAGCAUUAUUUUGCUUUUUUAGAUUUCCCCAAAUUAGGGUGUACGGGUCCGGUGAACGGAAAAAAAUAUUACUCAUAGAUAGACCGGUUGAUCUAACUCCAUCGCUUCAAGAGAUAUUUGAACUCAAAAACGAAGUCAAAGCUUUGUGGGGGUUCAUAUUCACACCAAGACAGUCGUUAGAGUGGUGGAAGAGCAUUGAAGAAGUAUCUCCAGUCGACAAGUUUGCUUAAAAGGUGAGAAUAUAGAGCAUGCCAGACCAUCCAAACAAGACAUUUUCAAACCACGUUUCGGUGGAACCCUCGAUAACUACUGAUUUCUUGGGAAAUACCAUUACUGAUACGAUAAAUAGGUAUGAAGGACCAUCUGCUAUUUCCAAUGAGUCGGUGGAAGAAGAUAUAGUGAGAGCUUCGGUUAACGAUUUGCCACUAGAAGUUUUGGUGCAAAUUUUUGCAAAUCUUGAUCCAAGUCAACUAAGUUCACUUAGAUUAGUUUGUAAGCAUUGGAACCGAGCUGUGCUGGAUAGAACUACAUGGUCAAAGUCAUUUACUACCAAGUUUGGGACUGGGUCCCAAUUUGCCUCCGUAUCAGGCUCUAGACAGUGGAUUAUCGAGUAUUUCAAUAGAAUGAAAGUCUUAAAAAAAUGGAAUAAAGGAACGGGGAUUCACCGGACUUAUCAAUUGAUAACCAAUAGUGGGGUUUAUGACCACAUUGGUAACUUAUUGACCAAUUUUGAUCAAAACCGUUUGAUGGCCAUGUCGUUAGGUAGUGGAGGUAUCAUAAUAACCAAUCUUAAUGAUGGUAAAAAUCAAAUUUUCAUACCUGGAAAUGAGCUAAUUUUUCGAUUGAAGAAAGUUGUCAUGAAUUGGAAUUAUCUUUUGAUGGUGAAUGACGAUAAUGAAAUUUUUUUGAAAAACUUAAAUACUUCAACUAGUUCAGGGUCAACCAGGAUAUCCACUUUACAAUUGCUUGAUCCCGAAGACGAAAGAGAAGGAAUAAAUCCAAGAUUGGAUGAAAUAACGUCAGUUGAAAUCAAAAAGAUCAAUGAUAAGCAUAAAGAGGCUGUUGAUAUCAUAACUUCAUCAAGAUCAGGGAUCUUAAAAUUUUGGACUAUUGGAGGUAAGCUAAUCAAGAGGCUAGCGUUGCCCGAAGGUAUUCAUCAAAUAAAGUCCGACUUCAAGAAAUCGAUUAUUGUAGUGGGUCUUACCAAAGUUUUCAUUUUGAAUUUUUACACAUUAGAAAUGAUUGAAAUCGAUAUCAGGAUACCAGCGAAUUACGUGGAACGAUGUAAACUUGAUCUUGACUACGGAGGCUCCAAUAUAAUAAUGUGGUGUGAGAAUUUAAUUGAAGUGAUAAAUUAUCAAAAUCCAAAGGAGCCAAAGUCUAAAAGUCUAAAAAUCUCAAAUGAAGAUGGAUAUAUAGUAGAUGGUAAAUUACAAACGUGUCUGGAUUACCGAUUGAACAACUACGAUGAUACAGUGGUUGGAGGAGAUGCACUUUAUUAUGGGAUAAUAUUAUCUAGUAAUAAGGUGAUAAUAUGGAAUAUUCGAGAUUCAAAUUCAAGAAUACAAGUUCAGACUGUUGUCGAGCCAAUAUUUAGUAAAUAUCAUCCUCAAGUCACCGUACCGGAGGGUGAAACUGACUGCUAUGUCAAAGAAAUCGCAUUCAAUAGCAGUGUCUUAUUAAUUUCUGGCUAUAACGGGUUCACUAAUUUAUACAAUGUCCAUACAGGAGAGUACUUACGAGAGGUUUCAGUCAAGUUUCCGAAAAAAUUUAACCAUUUCAAUAACAUAGCUGCCAGCACGGGAUCAAUUCGACUAAGUGAAGACGAAAAACUAACCUGUGGGGUAAUUGUGUGUUUGGAUAUAGUUCAGUAUUUUGAAUUCGGAGAACAAGAAAAGUCAUCAUCCAACGUCAAGAGAAGAGUCAACGUUGGGCCUCAAUGGCUGAAUAAGCAAUUGGUAUACCAAAGCAUCAAAGAUCAAAUGGAUGAUUUUGAUCGCGAUGAACAUGGCAAGAGAAAAGAAGCAUUAUUGGUAGAUAAAUAUAACGGAAUCAAAUACGAUAACGAAGAUGACGAAUUGAGCGUGGCGCUAGCAAUGAGUGAGAGUUUUAAACCUAACAAGCCAACACAAUUGGAUGAAGAGGAGCAAUUGAGGUUAGUGCUUGAGAUGUCAAAACAAGAAGAAGAACGGAAAAAACAAUUACAACGAGAUCAAUGGAAUCUCGAUGAUCUAAUCGAUGCUGAAGGGUCCUCAUCGUCGAAACACACUCCUCCCCCGGACAAUCCCGAUGACGAGGAAGAGCAGCUAAGAAGGAUCAUCGAAUUGUCUCUAAUAGACCAAUAGAAUAUUAUAAAUAAUCAAAAUGGACAUCUAUGUCC